AGCGGCCCCGGCCCUGCCUGGGUGAUGUCAGCGGAUCAGCUGCUCUAUAACAAAGCGGAGCGAGCCGGGCGCCCGCACAGACGCCGCGGCCGGGGUGCGCGGAGCCGGUCGCUCCGCGGGCUCUAGGGGGAGACAGGGUGAGCCCCCCGCCGCGGGGAGAGCGCGGACACCCCGCCAGGGCGCCCAGCGGCCCCGGCCAUGGACAGCGAUGAGGAUACGCUGGAGGAGACCGUGGAAGGGCUUCUGGAUGAUGAUGGGUUGCCACAUGGGUUCUGUACAGUCACCUAUUCAUCCACAGACAGAUUUGAAGGAAACUUUGUGCAUGGAGAAAAGAACGGCCGUGGCAAGUUCUUCUUUUUUGAUGGAAGCACACUGGAAGGGUAUUAUGUCGAUGAUGCUCUCCAAGGCCAGGGACUCUACACAUACGAGGAUGGAGGGGUUCUUCAUGGCACGCAUGUGGAUGGAGAACUUAAUGGACCUGCCCAGGAAUAUGAUAUCGAUGGACGACUAAUAUUCAAAGGGCAGUACAAAGAUAAUAUUCGACAUGGCAUGUGUUGGAUAUAUUACCCGGAUGGAGGCAGCCUUGUAGGAGAAGUGAAUGAAGAAGGGGAGAUGACGGGGGAAAAGAUAGCCUAUGUGUAUCCUGAUGAGAAGACUGCAUAUUAUGGAAGGUUCAUAGAUGGAGAAAUGAUAGAAGCAAAACUGGCAACUCUUACAUCUGUAGAGGAGGGAAAGCCACACUUUGAAUUGGUACCAGGCAGCCCAGUAUACAGUUUUGAUAAAUCUACUUCAUCUUGCAUUUCUACAAAUGCACUUCUUCCUGAUCCUUACGAGUCAGAGAGGGUAUAUGUUGAUGCAUCUCUCAUUUCCAGUGCUGGCGAAGGAUUAUUUUCUAAAAUAGCAGCAGGAUCGCGCACGGUUAUGUCCUUUUACAAUGGAGUGCGAAUUACACACCCGGAGGUGGACAGCAGAGACUGGGCCCUCAAUGAAAACACAAUAGCCCUGGAUGAUGAAACAGUCAUAGAUGUGCCGGAGCCUUACAACCAUGCCACCAAGUAUUGUGCCUCGCUGGGGCAUAAGGCCAACCACUCCUUCACUCCUAAUUGCAUCUAUGACCCGUUUGUUCAUCCUCGUUUUGGGCCAAUCAAGUGUAUACGCACCAUCAGGGCUGUGGAGAAGGAUGAAGAACUAACAGUGGCUUAUGGAUAUGAUCACAAUCCCAUCGGGCAGAAUGGGCCAGAAGCACCAGAAUGGUACCAGGUGGAACUGAAAGCCUUCCAGGCUGCCCAGCAGAAGUGAAAUGCAGGCAAAUGCUCAGUUCAGCGAACUGAAAUAGAAACUUUGAUCUAUGCACUACCUUUAUACUAAAAACUGGACAACCAGGGAUUUGUUCAUGCUGUUGCAUCAUAACCUCUCAUUCAGUGUUAGAAAUAAGUUUCUUGCAUACUAACUAAGUUUGACUGCAUUAUUCAUAGCAGAUUUAAAAAUAGCUAGUGUUGCACCAGUCUUAUCUGAAAGAAUUAUUAAAUAUUCUAUACAAGGCAGCGUGAUAUUUUUAGUAGCUUUUAUCUAAUUCUGCACCAUAUGCAAAGAUGCCAAAAGAUUAGACAGAAAAUGAAAAGAUCAUUCACUUUUAGUCAGCAGACUUCAGUGUUACUAUUUCUACGGCCUAGGCAUUACUGUGCAGCUGCAUUUUACAUACAUGCCAUUUGUGAUGAUAAUAAUAUUUUGAUAUUCUCUAAUAGUAGUGUAAUUUGCCUUUUUAAACCUUUGAUCUUAAUCUUGCAAUAGAGCAGUUAAUUUAUUGGUGUAUAGGAGGCUGGGUUUUUAAUUCCCUCGUCCUCUUAUCUGAGCGUUGUUCUUUCUACAAAUCCUCUCUUGCAGGAGAAAACCUUUCUAACAAGUGAAAAAGGUUUGUGUGCUUGAGAGAGAGUGCCGUGUAUAGAUCUCUGUGGCGUUUUAUAUAAAUAGUUUUAGUGAUGUUCAUGUCCAAAACAAAAACUUGUUUGGCCUUUGGGGCUGGGAUACACUGUUUAAUUAUGAUUAUUGCAGAUGAAUUAACAUGUAUUUGCAUGAAGAUGUUCAAAGAGGAGAAAGUGGGGUUUAACUUUAGUAUUUUUAAGAUUGACAUUCAGGAACAGGGGUGCUGGAAUUGUUUUGUAUAGUGGGGGUGCUGAGAGCCAUUGAACCAAACUAAACCAUCUAUGACAGAAACCAGUUCAAGCCAGGGGGUGCAGGAGUACCCCCAGCACCCUUACUUCCAGCACUUAUGUUCAGGAAGGGUGGGGGGAGCAUUGGAUAGUGUCUGGGGGAUUUCUUUCUGUCUCACUUAGCAGAGCUACUAAUUCUUAAGGCUGAAUCCUGCCUUUGAAAGCAUAUUUCUCUUUUGAAGUCUGUAGGAGAAGUGUAUGCAACUGCAGGCAGAAGGUAGUCCUGGAUUAGUAUAGAGCAGGGACGGGCAAACUUUUUGGCCUGAGGGCCGCAUCGGGUUUCAGAAAUUGUAUGGAGGGCCAGUUAGGGGAGGCUGUGCCUCCCCAAACAGCCAAGCGUGGCCUGGCCCCCGCCCCUUAUCCAACCCCCCCCCCUCAGGACCCCUGCCCCAUCCUCUCCCCCUGCUGUCUGUCCCCGGACCCCCCCGCUCCUAACUGCCCCCCCACUGCUCCAUCCAACCCCCCUCUCCUUCCUGACUGCCCCCUGGAACCCCUGCCCCAUCCAACCACUCCUUCUCCCUGACCGCCCCCAUUCAACCCCCCGUUCCCUGCCCGCUGACCGCCCCCGCCCCCAUCCACACCCCCAGCCCGACCACCCCCCAAAUUCCCCUGCCCUCUAUCCAACUCCCCACCCCCACUCCCUGCCCCCUUACUGGGCUGCCUGGAGCACCAGUGGCGGCAUGGCUACACCAGGACAGGCAGCCACGCUGCCUGGCUGGAGCCAGCCACGCACUGUGCAGCACAGAGCACUGGGUCAGGCCAGACUCUGCAGCUGCGCUGCCCCAGGGGCUUGCAGCCCCGCUGCCCAGAGCAUUGCGGCGGCACAGUGAGCUGAGGCUAUGGGGGCGGGACAGCAGGGGACGGGCCAGGGCUAGCCUCCCGGACCAGGAGCUUAGGGGACAGGCAGAACGGUCCCACGGGCUGGAUGUGGCCCGUGGGCCGUAGUUUGGUAUAGAGGGUCCCAGUCUCCACUAGUGUAACAUCUGCAGAGAAUAUGGCUCAUACUGGUCUUGUUCAUUUUGAGUCCUAGUAAAUGAGUUUAGUGAUAGGUGACAUACUAAGAUUCAAAUAGCAACUGCAAAAGGGGUUAUACUGAAAGACUGAAACAAUGAAUGUAAAAACAUCAGUCGCUAUUGUUAAGAGACAUUUAGAAAAUGUCAACUUGUCUCGUUUAUAGCUCUACUUCAGCAGAUAGCAGGGGCCCCUGAACAUUCAUCUGGAAAUUAACAAAUCUUGCCUAAUGUUGUAGAAGAGAUUAAUAAAGCCACCAUUUCAGUUUAGAUAAUCCGGGCCUUCUUGGGGGUCUACAAUCCUGCUGACCUUUUUGUUUGGGGGUUUUAAGUAGUUCAGGAACAGUUAAAAUGCAUUUGCAAUACGCUUACUUUAAAUGGGUAGAGAAUUUUGUGUGUGAGACAUACAAAAAUUUUAUGGAAAAUUAGACCUAAAUUUCUACAACAGCAGUAGCAUCUUUGAUAUGUUGCUUUAAGAGAUGAGAGCUACCCAUCCAGUUUUCUUGGAUCUGAAAACUAGUAUAAAUGCAGGUUUCCAAUUCAAAUAGGGAAAGUCAUCUAACAGUAUAGGAACUAGAUGGUUUUUAGAAAAUGCAUUGGAUGGACCAAAGACACAGAAGAAUGAUGUUGCUAUUUUAUGCUCUGUGAGGAUCUUCAAUGUUGUGUACAUACAAAGUUAGGGAAUUUAAGUAAGGCCCUCUUUAUUUUGGGGCUCUGUUUAUUUAGCUCAUACAAUUUUUGAUCACAAAGCCUUUUCAGGACUUUAACAUUUAGGCUUGCAUAGAAGCUAAUCUUCAGUGGGUGGGUGUAUGCCAUGGGUUCCAUGACACUCUCCCAGCAAAGAUCAGAAUGCAGGUUUUUCCAACACCCGCUCCCUCACUCUGGAGACUGUAGCCACAUCGGUGUUUCUUCAUAUAUGGCAGGUGGUCUACACAGAUGAUAUUUUGGUGACUCAGCUUGGAUAUGCUGAGAGACCAAACCGAUCCUCACACAUAGCAGAGAGUUGUGAAAGGCUGAUUGACGAUACCACUUCAGAAGAUGACCCUCAAAAGGAAAUAUGAAUGUUAGAACUAUUCCUGCCUCCACACAGAUCAACAUUUUAAGAGCAUCACGAUGUUGAGGUGUAACUGCUGCUUUACUAGAGGCAUGUCUUCCUCUAAACUGUUGGAAGAGUAUUGAAAAUUAGGGUUGUGUUUCAAUUGGAAACAAAAAUGGUCUGGCUGAACUCUGCUAUGAAUGAAUAGCAAACGGAUUUGACUUACUCUAGGUAAUUGUCCAUAGGGAGGUUGCUUACGUUUCCAUGUCACUUGGAAAAUCUUGUAUAAGCUGUUCUGUCUUCUACAGUCCUCUUGCUUCACUUUGAUCCCUGUUUCUAAUGUUUCCCAUGAACUUUGGGCAUGGAGGUGAUCUGUUUUUGUUUUGUUUAAGGCAAACAUUAGACAAAUGCUUUCUGCUAGUUACAGACUUGAUUAUUGUAGUGCAAAAACAGAGAACUAAGCCCUCAGAUUGCCAAAAUAAUGGUUUUAAUUAUUUGUUUGUUCUAAAGCCAUUCAUUUUGGAGUUGGGCAAGCAGAUUAUCAAAUACUGAUUUGAGGAUGUUGAAGUCUGAGGAUAUGCCAUAAUCAUGAUAAGCAAAAGCCUAGUCUCUCUCUUCACAUUCUAUACUACUUCUCCCUGCUCCAUUAGAAUCUGUUGAUCCUCCUGCUGGUUCUUCCCCAAUUACACAUUUUGAGUCGGAUCUGAUUCUUUUUCAUUUCUCCUGUGGGCUCUCAGGGACUGGAAAUUGCUGGUGUGAAUAUCGAUUUCUUUUAAAGGGACACCAAGUUUGGCUUGAAAUGCAAUCUAAUAUAUUCAUUUGUUUCAAUGGC